AUGGCUUUUCUUCGGGGGAUCGGCAACGUGCUGAGGAGAUCAGUCACACAAGGCAGCGCCAAUGACGCGCUCGCCGCGUUCCACGCGCCGCAGCCGCACUUAUCGCUGCUCCCCGCCGCCAUGACGCAAGCCGUCCGGUUCAUGUCCGGCAACAAGCUCUUCAUCGGUGGGCUCGCAUGGGAGGCCGACGAGAAGGCCUUGGCGGAUGCUUUCUCUGCCUACGGAACCGUCGAGGAAGCCAAGGUGAUCAGGGAUCGGUUCACGGGUCGGUCGCGCGGGUUCGGGUUCGUGAGCUUCGCGUCGGACGAGGAGGCUGCUAGCGCUUUGGAAGGCGUCAACGGCAAGGAGCUGAGUGGAAGGACAGUGCGCGUUGAUUAUGCCUCCAACAGGACAGAGGGCGGAGGAGGAGGAGGGGGAGGCCGCAGGGGGGGAUACGGCGGUGGGGGAUACGGCGGUGGUGGAGGGCGGUACAGUGGUGGUGGUGGCGGCGGUGGGUAUGGGGGAGGAGGGGGUGGGUACGGCGGUGGAAGGUAUGGGGAGGGAGCGGGUUACCCUGGUGGCGGUGGGUCCCAAGGCGGAUACGAGCAAUAG